AUGACCGAACAUAUCGAAGAAAUCGCCACUAACCACUCAGACUCCGGCUGCGGCGGAUCCUCUGGAGGCGAAUCUCCACAACGAGAGAAACUCACCUUUGAUGUUCGACUAAAGGCUGAGCCUGAAGAGCAUAUGCAGGUUUCAAUGCCACAACAAGACAACAGCUCGGAACACAGCGGUGACUCUCGGCGAAAGCGAAACUUCGUCGACGACAAGGAUAAGGACGAGUCUUACUGGGUCAAGAGAAAGAAGAACAAUGAGGCCGCUAGACGAUCCCGAGAAAAACGACGAAUGAAUGAUCUUCUCCUCGAGCAACGAGUCGUUUCUUUGACUGAAGAAAACAAACAGCUCAAGGGACAGCUCUUGGCGCUCAAACUUCGAUAUGGUGAACUUGAAGAGUUCAAGCCCAAGUCCGCCUAUGAAAAGCCCGGACAGCUCUUCACUAAUCGCAAUGGAGAUACUUCCGCUACCGUCCUCGUCAAUUCUCCUGAACAUCUCGCUCAGCAUCUUCAGGCCCGCGCCGCUGCCGCUCAUCAUCAUCACAUGGCCAUGAACCAUCAGGCUCCUUCCUCGCCACCCAAGAAAAGUGGAGGCUUUUCCAUCGAUAACCUGCUCGGCAAGAGCUCCUCUGACGAAGAAAUGGAGACCAACCGACCUCCAUCGACCGAUUCGGGCAAUAACUCCGACGAUGUCGCUCCUGCCUAUCCCGCUGGCUACAGUCACAGUCUGUACAACCCGAUGAUGUACGCGCACUUGGCGAAAUCCUCUCCUUACCUUCUUAACCCUGCCCUUAUGGCACAGCAAAAACUUUACGGUAUGAAUUGA